UUUUGUACAAAAAUAUUAGGGGUACACUUAAGUCAUGAUCUAUUUAUCUCAUCUAAUUAAAAUAAAUUCUAAACUGAAUUGAAUGUAAUUAUAUUUAAAAUUAUUUCAGACCCGAUAGAUUUUAAUAAGAAUAAAUAAUAAAUAAAAAAUUAAAUUGAGGAAAAAAUGGCCUAAAAUGUAGCAUGCUUGAAACCCUAAUUCUCCCCUUUUCUUGCCCGGUGCCUAAUAUAUAAGGAUCGUCUCCUCGGCCGCUUUCUCGUUUCCGCAGACAGCCAUGGCACCGAAGAAGGAGAAGGCUCCACCUCCGUCGUCGAAGCCCGCCAAGUCCGGCGGCGGCGGCGGCAAACAGAAGAAGAAGAAGUGGAGCAAGGGAAAGCAAAAGGAAAAGGUCAACAACAUGGUGCUUUUCGACAAGGCCACUUACGAUAAGCUUCUAUCUGACGCAGCCAAAUACAAGCUAAUUACUCCUUCCGUACUCUCUGAGCGUCAUAGGAUAAAUGGUUCGCUUGCUAGAAAGGUAAUCAUUGAACUGGUUGAGAGAGGGUUGAUUAGGGAGGUGUCUGUACAUGGAAGCCAGCAGAUAUACACCAGAGCAACCAACUCUUGAGAGGUUCAACUUCAAGAAUUGGUUUGAGAAUUCCUAUGGACUAUCUUAUCACUCUCUGCUCUUUGUGCUUUGAGUUUAGAAUCUCUUCCCUUUUUAUGAAUUUGUGCAUGACUACAUUCUUAAACUACUACUAGUAGUAGGGAUGAAGUUGUUUUGUUCCCAUUUAGACUUCUAUGUAUUGUUUUUGCAUGUUGGUUUUCUGGUGUUUCCCCUAUGGCUAUACCUGAUCAUCUCCUUUAUGAAUCAUGAUGAAUAUCUUUUACGAAGAGGAACAAGUGAAAAGGAUAAAAUCACCUCAACUCC